AUGUGCGGGAGCCUUAUGGUCAUCUGCCUCCUCUAAAAUAUCUGUCUUGCAAACGAAAAUAGAUGGACGGCAGUCCGUAGGCCACUCCACCUCCACGAUACACCACGGCACCACUCAACCUGUCAGGUAGACUUCUCUCUCCCGCGGAAGCUCUUACCUCCGGCUCCGCAAGCAAGACUUCAUGGAGAAGACGGUCGUUCUGUACCCCGGCCUAUCCGUCAGCCAUUUCGUCCCGAUGAUGCAGCUCGCCGACAUGUUCCUAGAGGAGGGUUACGCUGUUGCGGUCGCGCUCAUCGACCUCACCUUGGACCAAGACGCCGCCUUGGCAGACGCCGUCGACCGCGUCGCCUCCGCCAAGCCGUCCGUCGCCUUCCACAGGCUCCUUCGGAUCCAGAAUCCUCCCACUGUCACAGACGACGGGGAGCCGUUCCUCUGGUACUUCCAGAUACUGAAACGCUACAACGACCGCCUCCGUGAGUUCCUCUGCUCCCUGCCUCCCCGAAGCGUCCACGCGGUGAUCGUGGACGCGCUUUCCGUCGACGCGCUCGACGUCACCAAGGAGCUUGGGCUCCCGGCCUACACCUUCUGCGCCGCCAACGCCUCCGCGCUCGCCGUGUUCCUCCAGCUUCCUUGGAUCCGCGCGGAAGGCCAACCAAGCUUCAAGGAGCUCGGAGACGCCCCCGUCAACUUCUCCGGCGUGCCUCCCAUUCCGGCGUCACACCUCGUGCGCCAGAUGCUGGACCCGGAGAGCGAGAUAUACACCGCGAUGAUGAACGCGAUGCGAAGGGGAGCGGAGGACCCCGACGGCAUCUUGGUGAACACGUUCGCGUCGCUGGAAGCUCGGGCGGUGGGAGCUCUCCGGGACCCACAGCUGGUUCCUCCUAGCAGCGGCAGAGCACGCAGGACGCCUCCGGUGUACUGCGUCGGGCCACUGGUCGCCGGUGCCGGCGCAGAGGCAAAAGAGAAGCACGAAUGCCUGGCGUGGCUCGACGGGCAACCAGAGCGCAGCGUGGUGUUGCUCUGCUUCGGGAGCAUAGGCGCGGCCACCCACUCGGAAGAGCAGCUCAGGGAGGUUGCCGUCGGCCUGCAGAGAUCCGGCCACCGUUUCCUGUGGGUGGUGCGAGCCCCGCUGCGCGGUGACACCGAGAGGCUGUUCGAUCCCCGUGCGGACACCGACCUCGACGCCCUUCUGCCGGACGGGUUCCUCGAGGCCACAAGAGACCGCGGCCUGGUCGUCAAGCACUGGGCGCCGCAGGUGGAAGUGCUCAACCAUAGGGCGACAGGCGCGUUCGUGACGCACUGUGGGUGGAACUCGGUGCUGGAAGGUAUCACGGCUGGCGUGCCGAUGCUUUGCUGGCCGAUGUACGCGGAGCAGAAAAUGAACAAGCUGUUCAUGGUGGAGGAAGCCAUGGUCGGCGUGGAAAUGGUUGGAUGGCAGCAGGGGCUGGUCAGUGCUGAGGAGGUGGAGGCCAAGGUAAGGUUGGUGUUGGAGGAGUCCGAGGAAGGCAACCAGCUCAGGACGCGGGUGGCCGCGCAUAGGAAUGCCGCGACCAUGGCCCGGAGGGGCGGCGGCUCAUCGCGCGCUGCGUUUGGCCAGUUCUUGUCGGACGCCGCCAAACUCGCACGGGAGUAGACGCGUACGCGCUGGAUGCAUUGCCGAUUGCUGAAUUUCACCAUCAUCGGUUGUGAUUCGAUGUUGAGAAUUGAGAUGAAACUGCGAUGCUUGCAUGUACUCUGUGGUAACUUUUAUUUCUAUAUCUGUGAGUGCUCGGCGUUGCAACAGGACCACUAUAUUACAACCUUUAAUAUCAUACAGACUUCUAU